CACCCACACCCACACGCACACACACACACACACACACACACACACACACACACACACACACUUGAUGUCAUUGCAAAGGCAGCAGCAGGAAUGAAUCGCCCUUGGCGAUGCGCGCGGACAAUCACACCUGAGGCGCGUGCACGCUCUCCAGACGCAGAACUUCUGCACGGGGACGAACGGGAUAUUUCCACGCGAGUUUGAAACGAGUUUCCGCGUGGAGAAGCACAAAGAGCUCUGAAGAGAGUCCGCUGAUAGUGUGAUGAAGGUCUGAUCGGUGAUGAAGAUGAGGUGUGUGAUGGAUCUGAUGCGGUUCUUCAUGUGUGUGUGCGCAGCUGCAGCCUCAGACACUCUCAGGUCAUCCAGGUCGCUGCUUUUAUCCAAUGGAUUGUGUCAGUACGGCUCGACCAGAAAAUCACAGGAACAAUGCAGACCCAUUUGUGAGUUGGGCUGUAAACAUGGCGAGUGUAUUGGACCAGAUCUGUGUCGAUGUCAUCCAGGAUACACUGGCAAGACCUGCAACCAAGAUGUGAAUGAGUGUGCGUUCAGGCCGUGUAAGUACAGAUGUAUGAACACACUGGGCAGUUAUAAAUGUUACUGUCUCAACGGAUACAUGAUGAUGGCUGACGGCACGUGCAGGAAUGCUCGUACGUGUUCGAUGGCGAACUGUCAGUACGGUUGUGCAGUGAUGAAGGGAGAGGUCAGAUGUCAGUGUCCGUCUCCUGGACUGCGUCUUGCACAUGAUGGACGGACAUGUGUCGAUGUUGAUGAGUGUGUCAGCGGUCAAGCCCAGUGUCCGAGGUUUCGUAAGUGUGUGAACACGUUCGGCAGCUAUAUCUGCAGGUGCCAUGAUGGAUUUGAGCUGCGGCACAUUAACGGAAAAUAUCACUGCACAGAUAAAAAGGACGUCUCUAUUUGCUACGAUAAGCCAGCUCACAAGAAAUGCAAGUGUAAACCAAGUGCUAACAGGAAGGGUUACGACUGCAAAUCUGUUGUUAAAGUCACCAUUGAGCCUGCAAGACCAGCCGAAGUCACCAUCAGUCCAACUACCGUCUCCACGACAACAAGUCCCAUGACAACCACCCCUCAAACCACAGAAAAAACUACGAUAAAAACCAUCUCAACAAGUACAACCGUUCCCACCACUUCCGUUGCCAUAACAACUUCUGUUCCAAUAAGCACUGCUGAUACGACAACACUAAUACCAACUACUGUUGCCAUGACAACAACCACAACAACAAUCCCUACAACAAUCACAUCUACUGUUACCAUGACAACAACCACAACAACAAUCCCUACAAUGAUCACAACUACUUCUACUGCCAUGACAACAACCACAACAACAGUCCCUACAACAAUCACAACAACUGUCGAUACAACGACAAGUCCAACUACAACAUCCACAUCAGCUGUGCCAACAACAACUACAGCUACAACCGCCAUUAUAACAACCACCAUGGCAACAACAGUAGCAACCACGACCCCGGAGACGACCUCCACGACAUCAGAAAGUACGACGACUCUGGACAACCGCGUCCACCGAGAGAACACGGCAAAACCACGAGGAGAUGUUCACAUUCCACGUUAUGAGAACAACCUGUUUGACUGGGACUUUGAUGUUGAGCUGGGAAACACAGCGGAUUGCAGGCGUGAUGAUCCAGAGGCUGGUGUUGUGAGCUGCUCAUUUGAUGAGGGUUUGUGUGUUUGGAUAACGGACUCAGAAGGAGAUCUGCCAUGGAAAUUCAAAGACGACCCCGCCGGUGGGCGGUACCUGACAGUGCCAGAGGCCACAAACAGAAGUAUCAGAGGGGCACGGCUUACGGUACAUUUGGCCUCGCCCAAAAAGCCAUGGCAGGGCGGUGACCUCUGUCUGGCAUUUAGACACCAUCUUCAUGGUCACAACAUCGGCUCACUGCAGCUGUUUGUCAGAAGGGGGCAGAGUCACAGUUUGUCCGUCUGGAACAGGACUGGAGGACACGGCUGGAGACACACACACGUCACAAUCGAUGGGCGGAGUCUUGGUGAUAUUGUGUUAAAGGGAGAGAGACGGCGAGGGAAGCAUGGAGAAAUCGCUGUGGAUGAUUUUAGUCUGCGCAGAGGAACCUGCAGUGAUACAAACUACAGGACAGAGUGACACACACGCACAAUCACGUGUUUAAUAUGUAAAGCACCUCUUCUGCUGGAGUGAAGAUGAAAUAUCAACAUUCAUAUUUAAGGACAUUCAGAUGUUUAUUUAACAGCUUGUGUUUAUGUCUGUUAUCAGCAUUCAGAAUACCUGAACAGUAUAUGAAUCUAUAAGCACAAACAUUCUCCAUUUCUGUGUUAUACGUGUCUAACAGGACGAAUCUCAUGAAAACAUCUUCAGGUCAUAUUUCACCCCCAAAUCAAAAUAAAGAAAUAAGGGAAACACUUUACAAGGUUGUAUUUGUUGACAUUAGUGAACUAUAUGAACUAACAAUUUGUUAUGCAUUAUGAACUAACUAUGAACAGUUGUAUUUCAUAAAUUAUCAUUAUCAUGUUACCUAAUGCAUUAACAAAUGUUAACUUAAUUGUAAUUGUUCUCAAGGGUUAAUCUUAUUAGAUUCUUAUUAGAAAUAUGUUAUACAAUUUAAUUUUUUAUUUAUUUGAAUCAACAUAAAUUAAAGGCAGGAUCAUAAUAUAUAAAUACUUUACAAUUUAAAUGAUAUAUCAUCAUUAUUGUUUUCAUGUUACAGUAAUUACCAUUUUUAAGAGAAAUUUAUUUGAAAGCGUUUCGUAUUUUAGGUGAACUCUGAUCUGGUCGUGUUCUUGACAGGUCCACCUACAGAAAUCUACAUACAUGUGUUUGUUUUAUUGAUUUGGUGCUCAGUACAUCUGUGUGUUUAUGUAUUGUUUACGAAUUACAUUUAGAGUUUUACACAUCAUUACUGGCAUUACAAAACUCACAGUAGACCAUAAUUAUCAAUAUCAAUAAUAAUCCAUAAAAAUAAUAGAGCAGUAUAAUAAAAUAAAGAUGAACAUACAUUUUGUUGUUGUUUUUUUCUACAAUUGUGUGAGCUCCAAACGAGCUGUAAACAAGUUGUUUACUGUGUAUUUAUUCAGGUGUCAUUUUCUAUAUCAGAGAGUUGUUGAGUCAUUUUGUCUUUUACAUGACAGACUUCCUGAUCUGCUGGACAGUCUUUUGAUUUAAUACGACUUCUUUACCUUUUAUAAUGUAUUUAGUUGUUGAAGAUGAAACUUGUACAUGGACAUUAAGCUAGAUGACCGUACAACACCUCAGAAAAAGCAUGUGGGUGUGUAACCUCAUGGGUUCCCACAGUUCAUCAGUCACUAUGUUACUCUGAUCAUUAAAUGUUCUUGUAACACAUACAGUAUGUUGUAAAAAUGUUUUUGUAUCAUAUUUCAUCUGGGUGUGUAUUUAUAG